AUGACAAGAUCCGCAGAAACUUACUCCGCUGCAGAGGAAAUCAAAGGUAAGGAUGCUAGACCAACAACUCAACCCAAUGGCUGGCAAUUAGUAAACCCUUCCCUGUCUCCUGAGUCAAGACAACGUACUGAAUUCACAGGAAAGGAACACCUCAACAGGCGCGUGUUGUUUCGAAGGAAGAGGUCCAUCCUGUUUCCUAGUGGAGUUAAAAUUUGUCCAGAUGAAACUGGUGAGCAGGCCAUUGCCAACCAUCUGAAAUACUUCAAACUCCGAGUGUGCCAGGAAGCAGUCUGGGAGGUCUUCAAGACAUUCUGGGAUAGACUUCCAGCACGUGAAGAAUAUCAGUACUGGAUGAGUUUGUGUGAGGAAGGAACUAUGAGCAUAUUUGAAAUGGGCACAAACUUCAGUCAGUCUGAAGAGCACCAGAGCCUGAUUAAGAAGAAACUGUCCUAUAUGAAAGAAGCAAUGGACGGUGACUGCAGCGAUUGGUCCUGUGGCUCUGGAAUUCCAACACCUUCUCCAGCUGCUGAUGCUACCACAUUAAGAGAUGCAGCUGCCAAUGUCCCACCCCCUCAUGAGGUCUCCAUUGAGAGUCCAUCAGAUUAUACCUUCAACAAGAAUGAAGACUCAGAUGCUAGCAUCAACAAUGAGAUAAAGAAGGAGGAUGGGAAGCUGAUGAAACCUGUUCCUGACCAGAUGGUUGAGUUCAGCAUCUUUAUUUUGGGAGAGAAAUACACUGAGGAAUUGAGUGACCCAUCCACCAUGCAGCAUCAGCUACUCUCAGAACAGUUUAUUUCCCAGGUAAAAAAUGCAUUUGAAGAAUUACCUGGAUAUAAUAAUAUCCAUGUGCUGGAAUUCAGGUCUCCUGAUGAUGACAGUGGUGUGGAGGUUCACUACGCUGUCACGUUUGUUGGGGAAACCAUCAGCAAUGCCACCUGGGACCUUAUUAACCUUCAUUCCAACAAAGUGGAGGACAACUCCUUCAUAGAACUUGAGGAUAACCCAACUGUUGUUUACACAGUCGGUGACUUCAGAACUUAUAUUGCUGAAAUCCUUCAAAAGAACUCUUUGCUUGAAAACAUCUCUUUGACUUUGGACCCUGACUCUCUCCAGCUCAUUAAUGUGAAAGAAGUUCUCUCCCCUGCACCUGAAGACACAUCCAGGAUUACUGAAAAUCCAAUUGUUCUUGAGUCUCCAGAAGCUGAUGUUGAUAAUGCCCUUUUAGCUGAGUGGCCCUCUGCAGAUGCAACAACUGCAAGCAAUAUCUUGCCACUUGAUUUCACCAAACCAGGUUUCAUCUUUGAUAGUGAACAGUCCAAUGGCAAUGAAAUCUGGUUAAGAUCAGAAAACCUGGACUCUGAGAACAACUUGAAUUCAACACCAAAGGCAGUCCUCACUUCUUCUCCUGGUGGGAUGAGUCUAGAGGAAGGGGGCCGGACUCUUCAUUCUGGCACCCCAUCAAUGUUAGAAAAUGGCUCUCCUGUGGACUCUCAGGAAUGGCUGUCUAUCCCUGCUUCUUUAGAAGAUGAUGCUGGAGUGUCGGAAGGCUUUCUUCUGCCUUCCAGUCUACAUCCUCAUCUUGCACCAAAAGAAAUGCCAUCCACAGACACUUCUGUGGUUCCGCCGACUUCUAUACCAACAAUGGCCUCUACAUCAGAAACAAAGCCUAAUAAUGAGGGAGUGACCUCUACAGAGAAGGCAAGAGAAGCCACGCCCAUUGACAUAGACUCUAUAUCCCAUGACAGUCUGGAGGAUGGAGAAGUAUAUUUAGAGGUGAACCCUCUGCAACCCGAUCAGUAUCCAGGAGGAGAAAUUAUAUAUGAGGAUGGAUCUGGAUCAGCAUUUGAUGCUUCAGGUCAAGAGGCAUGGCCGUGGGGCAUAGCAACAUUAGAGCCAGUUUUCUACCGUCUUCCUGAAAGCUGGCUGAAAGAUGAAAAUGAUUCUCUGUUAAUCAGAGCACAGGAUACUCCUGAGGAACAGAUCCUAGAUUAUAUCAUUGAUUCUUUAGAGAAAGUAAAUGGUAAUCCUGAGGAUGGAGGUAUGACCAAUGCAAGAGGAGAAUUCACUGAUGACUCUGAAUCAAAUGUACCUGGACUUUCAGAAACUGCAACUCAGCAGGUGCCUAUGUUAUGGACACAAGAAACCUUGAAUGUGGAACUGUCCAUGCAAACAUCAGAGGCAUCAGGCAUGUCUGAUUAUUCUUCAUCCUUUGCAAAUGAACCCUCAGUGGACUAUUCUUCUUUAGAUAUGGCAGACAAACAGACCUCCAUCUCACCACAUGAAAAAGAUAUCUCUAUAGAAGGUCAUCUCCUUACAUCUACAGGGACAUUCAAUGUAAAACAAGCUGAAGAUUCCAGUGAGGAUCAUCAAAUCAUUUAUGAAGCAGUAGGAAACCAAAACAGGGAAGGGACAAAGCCAGAAGAACCAUCCACAAUGGUCCAGUCAGGCGUAGCUGUUACAAUAGGACACCAAGACAUGGAUUCCUCAUGGACUGGGCUCCUCAAGCCAGAAAUAGUCCUGACAGCAACUCCUACGAUGGAAAAAAUAGUCACUGAUGUUUUAAUGGAGGAGCAGCAAACUCCAGAUUUGCACUUGACAACUCAACAAGCUUCUGGAUCACUUGCUGUGAAACCAAUAAAUAUUUGGCCUACUCACAACACUGAAAGGGCAUCUGAGAAACCUGCAGAUGAAGACAUGCAAUUUGAAGCACCGACUAGGGUUGAAGUUUCAACCAUAGCUCCUUAUUUACUGGAGCUGGCCACUGGUUCAGAGGAUUUCACUGGACGGUCUAGUACAGACCAUGAUACUAGUACCCCUAGUAGCUUAAAUACGGCAGUGGGUUCUUUUACAACAGUGACUAUAACAAAGAAUCCUAUUGGUUCUCUGUCCAGUUUCCCUACUACACAAUAUACAGUAUCUCAGCCUACUGUUAGCUCAACAAAAUUGGGGGAGGACAUGACUACGAGAUUACAGGAUACUUCAGUGGAUCUGGAUCAUGUGGGCACAAUGUUGUAUCCUCACGAGAUGAACCUGGAAGAAAGAAGUAUGACUGAUAGUCGCAUGGAGGUAUCUACUAAUGUCCACUCCACAGAGAUGGCCAGUGUAGCAUGGCCCACGCAUGCAAAUCGCAACACUACCACAUCCUCACGAGCUUUAGUGGUGUUCUUUAGCCUCCGUGUUACCAACAUGAUGUUUUCAGAGGACCUUUUCAAUAAAAAUUCCCCAGAAUAUAAGGCACUGGAGCAACGAUUCUUAGAACUGCUGGUUCCCUACCUCCAGUCCAAUCUAACAGGUUUCCAGAAUCUCGAAAUCCUGAACUUCAGGAAUGGCAGUAUUGUGGUGAACAGCCGCAUGAAGUUUGAAAAACCUGUGCCUCGUAAUGUCACGAAUGCAGUCUAUAUAAUUCUGGAAGACUUCUGCAACACUGCCUACCAGACCAUGAACCUGGCCAUUGACAAGUACUCCCUGGACGUGGAAUCAGGAGAUCAAGCGGAUCCUUGCAAGUUCCAGGCUUGCAAUGAGUUCUCCGAAUGCUUGGUAAACCGCUGGAGUGGUGAGGCAGAGUGUGUGUGUUAUCCUGGCUAUCUAAGCAUUGAAGGAUUGCCCUGUAAUAGCAUCUGUGACCUGCAACCAGACUUUUGCCAAAAUGAUGGGAAGUGCGACAUAAUCCCAGGACAAGGGGCCAUAUGUAGAUGUCGUGUAGGUGAGAACUGGUGGUACAGAGGAGAGCACUGUGAAGAGUAUGUCUCGGAGCCAUUGGUUGUGGGUAUCGCAAUUGCUUCAGUGGCUGGCUUCCUUCUUGUGGCAUCUGCUGUCAUUUUCUUCCUGGCCAGGACCCUUCGAGACCAGUACUCAAAAAGUGACACUGAGGACUCAUUAGGGCAGGGCGAUAGCCUCUCCUCCAUUGAGAAUGCAGUGAAGUACAACCCUAUGUAUGAGAGUGAUACCACUGGGUACAGCCACUACUAUCGGAGAUACCCACAGCUCACCUCAUACAGCUCUACCAGUGCAGAGACAUCCACAGACUACAGCAGUGAAGAGAUAAGGCACAUUUAUGAGCAUAGUGAGCUCACGAAGGAGGAAAUCCAGGACAGAAUACGGAUUAUAGAGCUUUAUGCCAAAGAUCGGCAGUUUGCAGAGUUUGUUAGACAACAUCAAAUGAAGCUGCUUUAAAAAAAAAAAAACUGAAACCAGAAGAAGUCUUGUGGAAGAUGACCUUGUUGCCCUAGUAACAGGGCACAGACGUAACUGCAAAGUUACGUAUAGUCUUUGUUGUAUGGAUCUUAAACACGGCUGGUUGGAUGCAGAUGUUUUCUAAGUGAAUUGAUUAACUGUAGGAAUGUUUCUCUGGCUUUUCUGAGUACAGUUAUGAAGGUGACUAGAGGUCAUGAAAAUUCGCUUUUACUUAUUUUAAUCAGGGAAAAAGCAUUUCCUGAACUGGACAUUGAGAUUAGAAAAUACAUGCACAAACUUUCAAAGAUUUUUUGCUUGGUAUGCAAAGAAAAAGUUGAAAUGAAAUACAAGUUUUUAAUGUUACUCUGGUGUCCGUCCCC